UUUGGUUAUAACCUCAUCAUAUGUUUGUGUAACAAGUUUUAAAAAAAUAAUAUUUCCAAUUUAAUAAAGUAUGAACUGUUUCAAGUUCAUUAGUAGGAAUGCAUAUAUUAUUAGGCUUUUAUCUAAUAGGACAUUUUGUUCGAAAGUGCCUGUAGUGCCAGUUACAACAUUGGAAAGACAAAAUAACAGUCAAUUUAAAGUUGAUACAAACACCAUAGCACUUCUGGAAAGACUUUCAUUAGUUAAAUGUGAUACAGUAGAAGGUGUAGAAGUAUUAGAAGACUCCAUAGCAUUUGCCGAUAAAAUUCUUCAUAUAAACACUGACAACAUUGAACCACUGUAUUCAGUGCUCGAAAAUGAGAAUUUAAGUCUUCGUUCAGAUGUGAUAACACAAGGAAAUUGUCAAAAGGAUAUACUUAAGAAUGCCAGUAUAACAGAAGAUGAUUAUUUUGUAGCACCUCCAGGAAAUAUACCUUUACACGAAGUUAAUCAGUAUCAAUCUAUAAAGAAAAAUGAGAACUGAUGUCCUAAAAGUUAUUCAUUUAAAU